UGCUUUAAGCCAUAUUAAUUAUUUAUAAAGUGGCCUAUAAAAAAACCCCGACGCUUAAUCAGACAAUCUGACGCACGCGUGUGAUAAAAGUGAUAAGCACAACUCACUUCAUUGAAUUAUAAAGUGUUCCAAUUAGUAUAAAAGCCACAAUGCGUGCCAAUAACUGUUUAACGCUCUGCUGCCUGUUCUUCUUAACAACAACAACAACGCUCUGGACUUGCUCACAUGCCAAGCCCUUGGACGACUUGGCUAAAACUGAUACCGAGCUAAGUGACUUGAAUGCGCCGGCCAAAAAUAAAACAGCUGCCAGCGGCGAGGAGGAUUCCGAAUCGGAUUCGUCGGACCUAACGCAACGGGCCUUUGCCCAUCGCGAUGAGGAUCAGCUGAAUACGGCGACGAAUCUGGUGCUGGCACGCAAUUACAAGUACGACUUCGAAAUACUUGAGUCGGGCGACAAUGACAAUGACAGGGACGACAGCAAGGAUGCUGUGGAGCUGGAGGAGCGCUAUAGGGGCCAUGGCAUCUACAAUACGGACCCGCGCACUUUUGUGUCCGACAACAUUGAGAUGACGCCUGUGGACGUGAAAUCGGGUGUGAUUACGGAAGGUCACAUGUUCCUGAGCAUCGCGUUGGUAGUCCUCGCCCUGGCUUCCAUCGGCGUGUAUGCUGCCCUGGUCAUUUGGCGAUCUCACUUGGAACAACGGUACGGCAUGCGCGAGCAGCUGGUGAACCGCGAUUUGGAUGAGGAAGGCAUCGAUGACGUGGACUAUCAUGUGGCCUAUCCGCACACACUCAGUCCUUAUGCCCCCACCACCACACCCACCAACAACACCAACUCUCUGGCGCGUUCGUAGUGAGCGAGUUUUGCUAAGUGGGCAGCAAUUAAACUACGCUUAAAUUCAUUUUAAAGUGCAACCGUUAAUUGAGCGCAUGUCAUGAAUAUCAUAAAUUAUACCUGUUCGUCUCUGUCAUUUGCAUCGACAAUUAACCACUCACAUCCAAUUAAAAAAAGAAAACAAUGCGAAAGGUCAUUAUAGUUAGUACGCUAGGGUCGCAGCUUUCUAGUUUUAUAAAUAAUGACACACCAAUUAUAUUUAAGUUCCUGUGAUAUUGUUCUAGACAUCAUUUGCACUAACAAUAUGCAUAGAAAAAGGCAUGUCAAUUAUAUACGUAUACAUAUAUUUUUUACAACAAAUUUGUAUUUACAGUGCCUAGAAUGACAUUAAAGUUUAAGCGAAAUCA